CAGGAAGAGUUUCAAGAGUGUAACAGAAUGUGGAAAUGCAGAACUGGGUUCAUUAAAAGAAUUUAAAGUCCAGCAGAGGGCGGUGUGUGCAACAAUAAGGAUGCAGACUGCCGUAAAACUACAAAGAAGAAGAAAGAAGAACUACAUGCCCAUGAUGCAUUGGGGGGGCCCGUUGCCCAGGAAACCACUCGGUAUGUCGCUGCUAGCCGCCGUUGCUAACAUCUGAGCCGCGGACGAACGGAGCUCGGCCCGGUACCGACACGUUUGAAACUCAAAGAACCGAGCUGGGAGAUCUGUGUUGGCCCCCUCCAUGGAACGAGCUGCCCGGGGCACCAAAGACACCAGACUGCUGACGAACCAGCCGUACGACGAGAGCCUGGAGGUCAUCGACUCCGAGGAGGUAGCCAGCGUCUACAGCCCGACACCGUGCGGCGGCCACAGCCAGUCAGACUCCAGGAGGACCAGGAAGGGUCGAGGCCUGAUGUCGGCCAACAGCGGCAGUGACGAGUUCGAUGAAGACCACAAGCCCCUGAGGGCGAGCGAGCAAUCCGGCGUGCAGCCCGGGGUCAAUCCACACGAGGAGGACGAGGAAGAGGAGGACGAUGAAGACGAAGAGGAAGAGGAGGAGGACUCUGACGAAGACGACUCGGACGAUGACGACGAGCCCAGCAAGGCUCCGGAGGGGGCGUACGACCCCGCCGACUACGCCAACCUGCCCGUCAGCACCGAGAUCAAGGAGCUGUUCCAGUACAUCACACGCUACACCCCUCCGUCCAUAGAGCUGGAGCACAGCCUGAAGCCGUUCAUCCCGGACUUCAUCCCGGCCGUCGGAGACAUCGACGCCUUCCUGAAGGUGCCGAGGCCGGACGGCAAAGGGGACAGCCUGGGUCUGCUGGUUCUGGACGAGCCCAGCGUGAAACAGGCGGACCCCACGGUGCUGUCGCUGUGGCUGUCAGAGGAGACCAAACAGCACGGAGCCACCGAGUUGAAGAAAGUGACGAGCGUCGCCAGUCCCCAGACCAACCCUCGGGCCGUGGACAGCUGGGUGGAGAGCAUCAGCGCCCUGCAUCGCUCCAAACCUCCGGCCAGCGUUCAGUACGGCCGAGCGAUGCCCGACAUCGACAGCCUGAUGCAGGAGUGGCCGGCCGAGCUGGAGGAGCUGCUGGGCCGCCUGCAGCUGCCGCCGGCCCGCCUGCAGUGCAGCCUGGGACAGUACACCGACAUCAUCUGCAGCCUGCUGGACAUCCCCGUCUACAACAGCAGGAUCCAGUCUCUGCACCUGCUGUUCAGCCUCUACCUGGAGUUCAGAGACUCGCAGCACUUCACACGCAGAGCGUAGAGAGCUUCUCACCUGAGACGAAAAUCUAUACAGGACUGUGCUGUACUGAUUCCACUGAUGUCUGAUUUUGAUUUGAUUUACACUGAGUAUUAGCAUAAUAACACUAUCAAUACUUAUUUACAAGAAAACAAGACAUAUUUUGUAUAUAUAUAUUUUAAGAGAAAGUCAUGGAAUGUAAGUUUAAAUAUUGAUUUCAUAACAGCUGUUAAUCAUUAAACAUUCAUUGUUUUAUUGAU